AGCGUGUUAGGGGCCGAGGGAGCCGCCCGCUAGUCCUAUUGCGCAUGUGUGGGAGGGUUUCCCUGACAGCGAGUGAAACUUGGCAGUGAUGGAGUGCUGACCAUUGGCCUUCGGUACGCUUGCGCCCACCUGAUCUCUAAUUUGGGCCUAUGUCUGCGGCCCUUGACGGCUCUAUGUGCCCAUCCUACUUGUGUACUUUGGGCAAGUAUUUACCCUGCCUGGAGUUUCGUGUCCAUCUGUCAUGUAAGACUGACCAGUUAGGCUCACUGACCCAAGAUGAGCCUUCUGUUCCCACCCUGGUUCAGUAAAAGUCAUUAUCUGUGUUUCAACUAUUUGCACUGUAGUCGUUUCUGUGAAAGAAUCGUUCCCAGUAAGCUCUUUUUCUACUCUGAAGGAAGAGCUGUUAUUAAUAGUACCCCCCAAAAAACCAUUCCAAAAUUCAUUCCUUAUGGACCAAAGUUAAUACGAAUAAACUGCUUUUCUGUAGUCCCAAACUCUCAGAUACGCACUUCCUAACUUAUUUUCAAUCUGGCCAUCCCCUUCCUGUCUCGAUAAUCGCCUCUCCUAUGAGAUUUUGGCAGUAUCGUUCAUUUCCUUUAAGUUCUCUCUGUUCUCUUCAGCGGUCUUAGUUCUGAUGCAAUUGUGGCCAAACGACUACAGGUUUCCUUUUCUGUUAUGCACAGUCUUCAGUAUUUGCAUUGUGCUUAGUCCGUAGGUCUGCCAACAGGUCUGCUCAUGAAAGUGUUCUUUUUAAGACAAUUAAAAACCAGUGGAAUGGAAAGAAAAUGCUUCAGGCGCUCUGGGUUAGGCCCACCAACGCUGUACACAUUCCUGCUAGGCGUUAUAUUCAUUACUCUAAGCUCAAGUCGAAUCUUACUGGUAAAAUAUUCUGCCAAUGAAGAGAACAAAUACGACUAUCUCCCUACUACUGUGAAUGUGUGCUCAGAGCUGAUGAAGCUGAUUCUCUGUGUACUUGUGUCACUCUGUGUUAUAAAGAAAGAAGAUCAUCAAAGUAGACAUUUGAGUUGUACUUCCUGGAAAGAAUUCUCAAGUUUCAUGAAGUGGUCCAUUCCUGCCUUUUUGUACUUCCUGGACAACUUGAUUGUCUUCUAUGUCCUAUCCUAUCUUCAGCCUGCCAUGGCUGUUAUCUUCUCGAAUUUUAGCAUUAUAACAACAGCUCUUCUAUUCAGGAUAGUGCUGAAGCGGCAUCUGAACUGGAUACAGUGGGCUUCCCUCCUGAUUCUCUUCUUGUCUAUUGUCGCCCUAACUGCCAGUACCAAAACGUCACAGCAUGACUUGGCAGGACAUGGAUUUCAUCACGAUGCCUUCUUCACCCCAUCUAAUUCCUGCCUUCAUUUCAGGAGAGACUGUUCCCUAAGAGACAAUUGUACAUCAAAGGAGUGGACUUUCAGCGAAGUCCAGUGGAACACAACAGCCAGAGUUUUUAGUCACAUCCGUUUGGGCUUAGGCCACAUUCUGAUUAUAGUUCAGUGUUUUAUUUCUUCAAUGGCCAAUAUCUAUAAUGAGAAGAUCCUGAAGGAGGGGACACAGCUCACUGAGAGCAUCUUCAUACAGAAUAGCAAGCUUUAUUUCUUUGGCAUUGUUUUUAAUGGGCUAACCCUGGUACUUCAGAGCGGUAACCGUGAUCAGAUUCAGAACUGUGGGUUUUUUUAUGGCCACAAUGCAUUUUCAGUAGUCCUUAUUUUUGUGACUGCCUUCCAGGGCCUUUCAGUGGCUUUUAUCUUGAAAUUCUUAGAUAACAUGUUUCAUGUCUUGAUGGCCCAGGUGACAACUGUCAUCAUCACAACAGUGUCUGUUCUGGUCUUUGACUUCAGGCCCUCGCUGGAUUUUUUCCUAGAAGCCCCGUCAGUCCUCCUCUCCAUAUUUAUUUAUAAUGCUAGCAAGUCUCAAAGUCUAGAGUGUGCACCUAGGCAAGAAAGGAUCCGAGAUCUAAGUGGCGGUCUUUGGGAGCGUUCCAGUGGGGAUGGAGAAGAGCUGGAAAGACUUACCAAACCCAAGAGUGAUGACUCGGAUGACGACACUUUGUAAUGGGACUUGGUUGGUGGACAACUCCCACAAACUGUGUUUGCACAUUUUCAGCAUUUGUGGCAAUUGUCUUUUCUGAUAAACUGAUGAUGUUUGAAAGCAUAAUAUUCUUUACAUGUAUCUAACCACGAAUAAACAGUUCCAUCCAAGACCUAUAGCUGCCACAGGGUGGCAGAGUUCUGAAACAUAAACAUAGGACUGCAUAACUGAAUACCUGAUGAGUCAACAGGACACAUAUGCAGACUGUUUCCUCAGCCUCUAGGUUCCAGAAAUCAUGUUAAUUUGACCCUACAGAUACACAAACGGAGACAGCUUGCCAGAUACUAAUCAUCGUAUCAUAUCUGCCUGCCAAGGUCAUCUCUCUCUCUCUCUCUCUCUCUCUCUCUCUCUCUCUCUCAUUGUUAUAUUGUCUGGGUUGUCCCUCAGAUUUCGAGGCCUUAGCAAUAGUCAUUUUGCUUUUAUUAAAGCAAUAAGACUCUAAAAGUUUGGCUGAAAGAUCUAACUAUCUGGCUGUGCCAUAGAUUUUAUAUAACAUCCUUUGUGAUAAAAUAUUUUUAAGCUAUUCUUCAGAAAUAAAAUUUCAGAUUUUUAUUUGUUUUUUUUUUUUUGGAACUUACAAGAAAUUGUAUUCUUUGUAAUCAUCUUUUUUUUAAGCUUUAUUUACAUGAAAGUUGGUUGCCACGUUAUCAUAGUUAGCAUUUGUAUUUUAAAUCACCUAAACCGUUGUAACCGUUGUGGAGUUGUUUGUUUGUUUGCCCCAUCCUCAGUUUGUACAUUUACAAAAUCUUGACAUCAUUACCUUUUGAUGUUCAGUUACUGUGCUGAGAAUUAAGUUGUUUUAUUUUUGAGUUAUUAAUUGAACUGUUUUACUAUUAUCUAUCUUUGUACAAUAUCUUAUUCUAAAAGUCAAGACUCUGGCUUUAGGACACCUUUAUAAGAAUCCUUUUGUAAAAACAAUAAUGACUUUUAAUGAAAUAGCGUAGUGUUACUCCAAGAGGGCCAGUAACCAGUAAGUCACCUCUCAACAACACUUCCUACUUAUAAGUGCAUGGUAUUUCUCAAGAUAGAUUUGCAUGCAGCCAGUUGACUCUUCGUUGGUAGAGCAGUCAUGUGACAGAUAAUUAAAAUGUGAGAAAAUAGAUCGACUUGUCCAAGGUCUUAUAGCCCGAAGGGUAAUAGAAACAAGCUUCAAGCCUGUGUGUUUACAAACUCCUACACUGUAAUAUGAGUUAUAAGCUACCAUGAAGUCUGCACAUUCCUUAUUCAAGUUUCCAUGUAUUUAUAUAUGAUAUUACUAUCAUUAUAAUCCUCACAUCUACCCAGAAUAAUAUAACUGGCAAUCAUUGCUAAAACUUUUUAAUUAAAAUAAUUACUAAACUCUUAUUUUGUAUCUGUAUUCUGUCAUAUGAGAUGUAGUGUGGAACGCUUUUAAAUUUAAAACAAUGGAAAGGCAAAUAUUCAAGCAACUUAAAACUUUGUCUUUGACUAAAUCUUGGUGUCUAAGGAAUAGUUAAAUCUCUACCUUACCAUAGGCAUUCUUACCAAGUUACAUGAAAUGGUAUCAACCAGCAUGAUUCAUCUUAAAGAUAAGGAAAAUAAGAUACACAGGACUCACUUUUAGAAAUGAGAGCAUGAAAAUUAUCUUACUGAGCUUCCAAAGAAAUUGCAAAAGUGUAACCUACAAGACAGUAUAGCAACCAUUUGUGUCAAUGGUAUGGGGUAGUUUGAUUUUUCUUAUUUACACUUACUUUUUGCAUUCUUACUUGUUUGGAAAACAUUCAUUGUUCACCAUCGUGUUAAUUUGCCACUCCCUGAAAGGGCUGAGAUGGAAAUAAAAUGUCAGAUAGA